CAGCUCAAAACGAAUUCGUGCGAACGCAAGCGGAAGGAGGCGUCGCUCGUUUGUGUGCAAAUAAAUCAAAUUAUAUUUAGCCAAAGAAAUGAAAAUGUAAAAUUGAAUGUCAAACGAAUAAUGUUAAACUGUUGUGCGCGUCGUCAGUGUUCAAUGUAAUAUAUAAAUCCAUUUUAUUUGCUACAAUUAUUUUAUAAAGCGAAAUUUGCGUUUAUUUUAAUGCCCUCGCAUCUGUUCAUUUGCACUGUAUGUGUGUUUGUGUGAGCGCGUAGCAUAAAAAGCAUAAGAAACAAAUAUCAGCGCAAGACGAAGCAACGCUCAACAAACAUCGGUUCGUUCAUCAUAACACACUCACACAACCAUAUGAACGCCGUACAUGCACGCACACAUACACAGUAAAGUAACGCGCCGCACAAGCGUCCAAAAAGUAAAAAAGUACGGAAUAAAGAGAAACGCAGAUAAAGCCACCAUUUUACAACGGCGAAGAGAGCAGAAAGUGAAACAAUAAAAAAAAUCAGCUCCUUUGGAUACAUUCUGUUGCCUUCAAUUUUCUUCAACAAAGCACAAAUAUGGCUACUUUCCAAAUACAUCGUGACAUCAACGACAAGGAGAAUCCCGAAGUGCCAGCAGCCUUGCGGGAGAAAGGCUGCGGUAAACAGCCACUAGCCGUUAUCGGUGGCAAGGAAAAGGCUCAGCCAUUGGCACCGCGCGCCAAUUUUGCCGUUCUAAAUGCCAACAAUGGCAACGUGCCGCGAGCUGCGCCUCUGCCUGCCGGAAAAGCGGUCUUCCAGAAAACAGCAACAACUUCAGUCGAUACUGAGAAUGCUGUCUAUGGUGGCGCCAAGAAAUCCAAUGUUGUGCCCGUCGUGGAGCAAUUUAAGACAUUUUCCGUAUAUGAGGACAACAAUGAUACGCAACAGCAAGUUGUUAAGGCGGAGGCGAAUGCCAAUGACAAGGAGAAUGUUUAUGGCGUUAACCAAAAUGAUGAAUCGCAUGUCUACGAUCUGGACAUAACACCCAUGUCCGUCACCGAUGUGUUGUCACCCAUGUCUGUGGACCGUUCGAUGGUCAGCGAUGGUAGUGCCCAGCUAAUUGACGACAGCGCUGUUGAUACAACAGCUGAUAGCAAGGAUGGAGCUGCCAAUGGGUUUAGCAAUGAGCUGCUGCGCAAAGAGAUGCCGCCGCGCAACGAUCGCCAGCGUUUCUACGAGGUGGUCCAGUAUCAGUUGGACAUAUUAAAGAACUUCCGCGAGGCUGAGAAGAAACAUCGCCCGAAGCCGCAGUAUAUGCGCCGCCAAAACGACAUCAAUCAUUCGAUGCGCACUAUACUGGUCGAUUGGCUGGUUGAGGUGUCCGAGGAAUACAAUCUGGACACGGAGACAUUGUACUUGUCUGUGGUGUUUAUCGAUCGCUUCCUCAGUCAGAUGUCAGUGGUGCGCUCAAAGCUGCAGUUGGUGGGAACUGCGGCCAUGUAUAUUGCUUCAAAAUACGAAGAAAUCUAUCCACCAGAUGUGGGUGAGUUCGUCUUCAUUACCGACGACACCUACAACAAGAGCCAAGUGCUACGCAUGGAGCAGAUUAUAUUAAAAAUCUUGUCAUUUGAUUUGUGCACACCGACACCAUAUGUUUUUGUUAAUACCUAUGCGGUGCUAACCGACAUACCAGAGAGAUUGAAAUACUUGACUUUGUACAUUUGCGAGCUUUCGCUUUUGGAUGCCGAUCCGUUCUUGAACUAUUUGCCAUCGCUUGUGUCGGCUGCGGCGCUUGCGCUGGCUCGUUCAAUUCUGAAUAUGGAUAUGUGGACGCCCGAGCUUGAGGAGAUCACAACAUACAAACUGGAAGACUUGAAGGAAGUUGUGCUGCAUCUAUGCAAGAGUCACAAGGCGGCCACCGAGCUCAGCACACAGGCCAUACGGGAAAAGUACAAUAGAGAUAAGUACAAGAAGGUUUCCUCCGUGGAGGCCAUCGAACUGAAUGAGGCCGCUAUGAAUGACAUUUUAGCCGCGUAUAAUGCGAAGAAGCUGUGCAAAAAGGAGCAAAUACCACAGGAAAAGGAUUCCAAAUCGAAAGUCAAUUUGUUUUAUAAGUUUUAAGUGUUUUUAGGCAGCGGCGUCGGCGUCGCCAACGUCCCCAGCCAACGAUCAAAUUGUAUUUUUUAGCUUAGUGUUUCAAGUGUAUUUUUUAGUCUCUUUAAUUGUAUCCAUGUAGCACUAACACAAACACACACAAACGCAUACAUGUUGAAACCUGCUGUCAGCUGCAACGACCCACAAGGAACGGAAAAAGGAUAAAACCUAAGCAACUAAUGAAAUAACACUUCUGGACAAUUGGCAAAAGUAUCCCCAAAAAUAUGCAUUCGCAAGACUUUUUAUUGCAACAUUGGACAAAUUUAUAUGCGCACAGUCAUAUAAAACUAUUAGAGCCAUCGAGAUGCAAGGCGCGAACUUGUCACGCUAAGCGUGGGAAAGCUGCAGCAUUUUUCAACCAAAAUUCGCAACAGGCUAAGCUAAAAAUUUAUGUUAUGGAGCACUACAACUUUUUUUGCUACAUAUAUAUAUAUAUUUCUAUAUUUAUAUACCUAUUUA